GCGGGGCGGGCUGAGCGGUCGCGGUGAGCGCUCGGCGCUGCUGCGUUCGCUCCCCGUCUCCGCCCGGGGCCUGGGGGGUCGCGGCCGAGCGGGGCCUCCCCUAGCACCAUGAGCAGCGGCGGAGGCGGGCGGGUGUGCGACCUGUCGCGGCGCAACCCCCAGGAGGACUUCGAACUCAUCCAGCGCAUCGGUAGCGGCACCUACGGCGACGUUUACAAGGCUCGAAAUGUCAACACGGGUGAGCUUGCAGCAAUUAAAGUAAUAAAACUAGAACCAGGGGAAGAUUUUGCUGUUGUGCAGCAGGAAAUCAUUAUGAUGAAAGACUGUAAACAUCCGAACAUUGUUGCUUAUUUUGGCAGCUAUCUCAGACGAGACAAGCUAUGGAUUUGCAUGGAGUUCUGUGGAGGUGGCUCUCUACAGGAUAUUUACCAUGUGACUGGACCACUAUCAGAGCAGCAGAUUGCCUAUGUUAGCAGAGAAACACUACAGGGACUAUAUUACCUUCAUAGUAAAGGAAAAAUGCACAGAGAUAUAAAGGGAGCAAACAUUCUUUUAACGGAUAACGGACAUGUAAAAUUAGCUGAUUUUGGAGUGUCUGCACAGAUAACGGCUACAAUUGCCAAAAGGAAAUCAUUCAUUGGCACCCCGUAUUGGAUGGCACCAGAAGUUGCUGCAGUAGAAAGGAAAGGUGGCUAUAACCAACUCUGUGAUCUGUGGGCAGUUGGAAUAACUGCAAUAGAGCUUGCUGAACUUCAGCCUCCAAUGUUUGACCUACAUCCAAUGAGAGCACUUUUUCUAAUGACAAAAAGCAACUUCCAGCCUCCUAAAUUAAAGGACAAAAUGAAAUGGUCCAAUAGUUUCCAUCAUUUUGUGAAAAUGGCACUUACAAAAAAUCCUAAAAAAAGACCUACAGCUGAAAAGUUGCUACAGCAUCCCUUUGUUACCCAGCCAUUAAAUCGAAGUCUUGCCAUUGAACUUUUGGAUAAAAUGAAUAAUCCUGAUCAUUCCACUUACCAUGAUUUUGAUGAUGAUGAUCCUGAGCCUCUUGUUGUACCUCACAGAAUUCAUUCAACGAGUAGGAAUGGGAGAGAAGAAAAGACACGCUCUGAAAUAAACUUUGGCCAAGUAAAGUUUGAUCCACCUUUGAGGAAAGAGACAGAGCCGCAUCAUGAAUUUGAUCUACAGCUAGAAUAUGGUCAUGGUCCUCAGUGUGGCUACUUUUUGGGUGCUAAUAAGAGUCUCUUAAAAUCAGUUGAAGAAGAACUACAUCAGCGGGGACAUGUGGCGCACUUAGAAGAUGAUGAUGAUGCAGACAAUGAUUCUAAACAUGCUACUAUGAAACCUAAAGUACCACCUCCUUUACCACCAAAGCCUAAAUCCAUAUUUAUCCCCCAAGAAACUUAUUCUUCAGAAAAUGAAAAUCAAGGGACAAUCAAGAGAUGCCCAACAUCAGAGAGUCCAGCAAAAUCUACAUCUCAUGUUCCACCCAGACCACCACCUCCUCGGCUACCUCCACAGAAAUCUAAUCCUUUAAGUAAUGGAGUCACUUCUGUGCAGUUAAAUGGUGAAAGAGAGGAGCUGUCACAUCAACAGAAUGAAGCUAGAGACACUAACUUUUCAAGGAAAGAAAAGAAGGAAAUACUGAAACCAAUUAGUAAUGGCCUUCCUCCCACACCUAAAGUUCAUAUGGGUGCUUGCUUUUCAAAGGUUUUCAAUGGCUGUCCACUAAAAAUUCAUUGUGCAACAUCUUGGAUAAAUCCAGAUACAAGAGAUCAGUACUUGAUAUUUGGAGCAGAAGAAGGUAUUUACACACUGAACCUCAAUGAACUUCAUGAAACAUCAAUGGAGCAGUUGUUUCCUCGAAGAUGUACCUGGCUAUAUGUCAUGAACAAUUGUUUAUUAUCAAUAUCUGGUAAAGCUUCUCAGCUUUAUUCCCAUAACCUACCAGGACUCUUUGAUUAUGCAAGGCAAAUGCAAAAGUUACCUGUUGCUAUUCCAGCACAUAAACUCCCUGACCGAAUACUUCCCAGGAAGUUUGCAGUAUCUACAAAAAUUCCUGACACUAAAUGGUGUCAAAAGUGUUGUGUUGUGAGAAAUCCCUAUACAGGCCAUAAAUACCUUUGUGGAGCACUACAGUCUAGCAUUGUUUUGUUAGAAUGGGUUGAACCAAUGCAAAAAUUUAUGUUAAUCAAGCACAUAGAUUUUCCUGUACCUUGUCCACUGAGACUGUUUGAAAUGCUGGUAGUCCCCGAGCAGGAAUUCCCUUUAGUUUGUGUUGGUGUCAGUAGAGGAAGAGACUUCAACCAGGUGGUGAAGUUUGAGACUGUCAACCCAAAUUCUACCUCUUCAUGGUUUACAGAAACAGACACUACAGAGACGAGUGUUGUCCAUGUAACACAGCUGGAGAGAGAUACCAUUUUGGUGUGUUUGGAUUGCUGCAUAAAAAUAGUGAACCUGCAAGGCAGGUUAAAAUCCAGCCGCAAACUGUCGUCCGAGCUCACGUUUGACUUUCAGAUUGAAUCAAUAGUCUGUCUACAGGACAGUGUGUUAGCAUUCUGGAAACACGGCAUGCAAGGAAGGAGUUUUAGAUCAAAUGAGAUCACACAAGAAAUUUCCGAUAAUACAAGGAUAUUCAGGCUUCUGGGAUCUGACAGGGUCGUGGUGCUGGAGAGCAGGCCGACGGACAACCCGACAGCCAACAGCAAUUUGUAUAUCCUGGCAGGGCAUGAAAACAGCUACUGAGAACAGCACAUGGCAGGCAGCUCACUGUGAGGAGAACAUUCCUGCUGCAACAGCACUCGUGACUGGCUGGAAUUGCACAAAAGCUGCAGUAACCCCAUUUCAGUUACUUUAUAAUUUAUUAUGGCAUGAGAGGAAGACAAGAACUGUUUGUGGUAUGGACACAGAAGCAUUAUAAUUCCACAGAAGUGCUUAAUUUACUUUUAUGUAAUCUUUGUACAUAUUCAGUAUUUUUCAGUGAAACUUCUCGCUGAAGCCCAACACUGACUUUCUGUAGAUAGAGGUCCUCCUGUUAAGUACAAGUGUCUUACCUGUACAGAUGUAAAAGUCACUGAGGAUGCAAAAAUUAAAUUGGGCUACUAUUAUAAGGAUGUCUCAUGUGUUUAUUAUGAAGUGGGAUUCUAGCAACAAAUACAGUACAUUUAGCAAUACUAUUGUAUUUUAUUAUAUGUAAUUUACUAAUACAAAUAAAUAUUAACUUUUAGAAAUUGUAACCAAGGCUGUAAUCAGAUUACAAUCUUGUUUUAAUUUCAAUACAACACACUGGUGUUCAUGUUUGCACAAUGUAUUGAGAUGUGAUGUAUUUAGUCACAAAGGUUAGCUGUGACUUUGUGGAUAUGAAUUGGGCUUCAAAGUUCCUUUUUUUUUUGUUUAUUUGGUUAGAUUUCUUUGUGAAACCAACCAGUUAAACACCUUUAUUUUUAUAUUUAAUUAAAACUUUCCUUAUGAUUACUUCUCUAUGCUUGAAAACAAUACCUUACAGAUGGGUGUCAGUCCAGACUAGUGGUACCUGUCUGAAUUCUGCAAUAGGUGUUUGGAUUAUUAGUGUAUACAGUGAUAAAAAGUAGUUAUUACUGUUUGUCUUGCUAAAUAGUUCCAUAUCACAAUGAAAAGGAGCAACAUUCCACAUUGUGGAAAUGGCUCAGAGGUGUUGCCAUUUUUGACUUUUUUUUGGCCUUAAAACCAUUUUCACACUUCUCUUGAUUUUAGGAUGCUAACACAUGGCCAAAAUUUAGUUACUACCUCAUUGAAACAAUACAAUGGUUACUACGCAUCACGGGAAUUUAGUUUUGAUCAGAAGUAUUUUUGAUUGCUAUUUUCCAAUGGAGUGUGCAAAUGCCAAGUUUUAAGUAAAGUGCACACAUUUGACUCCUUUUUUUGUAUAUGUUCUUUAUAUUUUAUUGUGAUAAUAUACACUAAAACCAAACUAAAUUAAAAGUGAUUUAUGGCUUGCAUUAUUGUUGUGAUGGGUAAUGCUUUGAAAUAUGUUCCCUAAUGUAUAUAAUGUAAAAUAAAUUUUUUAACAUGUUGUACAAUUAGAUUAUCACCUGCACUGAUUUUCCACAUAAGAGUAAAAUGGAACAUACUGAGUUUUCAAUUCUGCUAUUAAAUGGUUGUGCCAAAUACAGAA